AUGCUCAGAUAUAGCUCUUUGCCAAUCAAGAGAGUAAUCCCUCAUCCGGUCCCAAGAACCGUGCUCACUGCAUCUCGUCUUGCGUUGUCAAGAUCAAGCAUAAUACCGCUUUACAAUCCAAGUUUCCACCGUUGGAACUCUUCGACGUCUAAAGACCCAAAAGACGAUUCGAAGACAGUGAAUGAAAAGCAGRAAAGUGUAACAAAGGUUCUUCCUGUAAAGGAGAAGCUACCAUUGAAGGUCAAGAUCCAAAACGCUCUUCGUCAUUAUUGGGACGGUUCCAAACUUUUAGGGUUGGAAAUAAAAAUCUCUUCUAAAUUGUUGAUGAAAAGUGCCGCAGGUUACCCACUAACAAGAAGAGAAAACCUACAAUUGAAAAGAACUACUCAGGAUAUCAUCAGGCUGGUUCCGUUUGCCGCGUUCCUUAUUAUCCCAUUUGCCGAGCUACUUCUACCGUUUGCAUUAAAACUAUUCCCCAAUUUACUUCCAUCUACUUACGAAUCGAGCAAAAAACGUGAGAACAAACUGGAAAAUUUAAGGAACACGAGAAAGUUAAUGUCCCAAAUUAUUAAAAAUAACAAGCCCCAUUUCAAGCCCAACAAUAUCUCUGAGGAACAAAAGGCUUUAUUCAACAGAUUUUACACUCAUGUUCGUGCUACUGGAGUGCCCGAAUCUCGUCAACAGUUGAUUGAGGUAGCCAGACUAUUCACUGACGAUACCGUGCUAGACAACGUCACAAGGCCUUACCUAAUUGCAUUGGCCAAAUACAUGAACUUGCAACCGUUUGGCACAGACGUGAUGUUACGUUACCGUAUCAGAUACAGUAUGCUUGAAUUGAAAAAAGACGAUUUGUCCAUUUACUAUGAAGAUGCGGAACAACUUUCCCUGCCCGAAUUGAAAACCGCAUGCGCUUCUAGGGGUAUUAGAAGUGUGGAUGUGGAUGCUAGCGUAUUAUAUUCGAAUUUGAGAUUAUGGCUGAAUAUGAGGCUCAAGGACAAGAUCCCAGCAACAUUGCUGAUUAUGGCUACUGCUUACAACUACGGUAACGUACAAUCGAAGGAGUCCUUGUACGAUUCAUUAUGCGAUGUCCUCAUCGGUAUUCCAGAUGAGCUAUACCACGAAGUUAAAGUGAAUGUUGUCAAGGAAGACGAAGCGUCCGCCAAGCAGAAAUUGAGACAAUUGAGAGAACAGGAAGAAAUCAUGAAGGAAGAAGAACAACAAGAAGAAAAUGCCAUUGUGAGCGUGAAGGACGAGCUGAGCUUAGACGACCAAGAAAAGAACUUGGACGCAGCCGUCCCAGAAGUCCAACUAAAAGAAACCAAAACUGCUGGAGAGGCUGACUCCACCUUAAAGAAGUAG